AUGGAUGAAGUAAUUGAAAACAAAAUUCCAACAUCAAGGCAAUUUUACCUACCACACCAUGCAGUGGUCAAAACAUCCAGUCUAACUUCAAAGGUACAAGUAGUGUUCGACGCAUCAGCUAAGAGCUCAUCUAGAAUAUCUCUAAACGAUGUCUUAAUGUGUGGUCCAAGUAUUCAAGAAGAGUUGUUCUCAAUCUUAUGUCGUUUUAGAAGCCAUCAAUUCGUUAUCACCGCUGACGUAGAGAAAAUGUUUCGACAGGUGGAGAUUGCAGAAGAAGACCGAAACUUGCAACUUAUAGUCUGGAGGGCGACUCCUAGUGAAGUUUUACGGACUUAUAGACUGACAAGAGUUGCAUACGGUACAACUUCGGCCUCAUUCAUGACCACAAAGUGUUUGUCGGUUCUGUCAGAAGAAUUCAACAGUCAGUUUCCAAUGGCAGCUAAGGCUGUACAAACAGAUUUUUAUAUGGACGAUCUAAUGUCUGGUGCACAAACCGAAGAAGAGUGUCUACGUCUCCAGAAGAAUAUCUUAAGGAUAUUAGAUUCAGCAAAAAUUCCAUUACGAAAAUGGUGUUCUAACUCAAAAUCCUUACUCGAACAUAUCGACAACAAAAAUGAUGAUGAUGAAGUAACCAAACGUAGUCUCCUGUCCGCUCUAAACAGUAUAUUUGAUCCAUUGGGUUUCCUUGCUCCAGUGUUAGUAAAAGGAAAAAUUUUUCUGCAGCAAAUAUGGCUCGUGAAGACAGAUUGGAAUAGUCUAUUGUCUGUCAAAAUAGUACAAAAAUGGCACCAAUACUGGUCAGACCUCAAUGCACUUAAAACACUGGAAAUUCCAAGAAAGGCAGUUGCAUGUGCAGGAGUAAAAACAGAAUUUCACGGCUUCUGUGAUGCAUCAGAAAAUGCCUAUGGUGCAUGUAUUUAUGUACGGUGUAAAUUGCCAAGCGGAAUAUGGCAAUCAAGAUUAUUAUGUGCAUCUACUCGAGUAGCCCCUCUCAAAGGAGCUACGAUUCCUAGGUUAGAAUUGGGGGGAGCACUAGUAUUAGCUCAAUUAGCAAUGAAGGUAGCCAAUUCAUGGAAGAUCGACUUACAUAGAUUUUACUUGUCGACAGAUUCAACUAUAGUAUUAAGAUGGUUGAAUAGCCAAUCUGUUCGUUUGAAAACCUAUGUAUCAAACCGCAUCUCACAAAUUUUAGAUAUCACCAAUACUGAGCAAUGGCACUACGUCAGGAAAUACAACAAUCCAGCAGAUGUGUUAUCGAGAGGUGUGAAGGCACACGACAUGAAAGGCAUUGAGUUGUGGUGGAGUGGACCAAAAUGGUUAUCCUAUGAGCAGAAAAGUUGGAGAUCCGAACAAGUAUCACUGCCAAUCGGGGAAGAGUUACCAGAGCAGAAAACCGUACGCUUCGUUCUUUUAACAGUGCAGUCACCAAAUAGACUUGUUGAUUCUUGCUCAAGCUGGCAACGCCUACGUCGAACAACUGCGUGGAUGCUGCGGUUCAUUGAAUUCAUAAAAUCCAAACGUGCUCCACAACUAAUACGCUACCUGACAGUUAAAGAAUUAAUAGUUGCUGAACAAAGACUAAUAAUUUAUGCUUAA